GGCGGCGUGAUGCCGCGUUUCUUGGAGGCGGCCGCGAGGCAGCUGGCGAGUACCUGCCCGGGCCAGGCGCGGUUCCUGCUGUGGACGCUGAGCUGCUGCCGAGAUGAAGAAUUUGAAAAAGAGAGGAUAUGUCCUUACUGCUUCCAGUUCCUGGUUCCUGACAGCUACCGGGUGCGGCUGAAGCCAAAGAUGAAAGUGACCCCACAGAUAGAGAAAAUUCUUAAACGCAAGGCAAAGAACUACAAACUGAAUAUGAAACAGAUAAAGCUUUUGAAAAAGUACUGGGACUCCAGAAGUGUUCUGCUUGUUACUUGUAACUCAUGCAACAAAACAACAAGACAUUAUGGUAAAAGCUGGGAUUUUCUGGCUACCAAGACCCACAGCUCAGGCACUCCAACUACUGAAUCUAGCCUGAAGACACCAGAUGUAAAAAUCCAAUCUGCAAACAAAAUGACACCUGCAAGCUGCAGUAGGUUGGGAUCCAAAGGGAACACUCCUUCAUCACUCUCCAGAACUUGUGUAUCUGGACAGGCGACAACCAGCUCCAUUUCCAGGACUCCCCGAAACUCCAAAUUUCACUUUACUAAGCUAAAACGGAUGCUUAACCUAGAAGAAAAAGAGAAAAGCCAGAAGGUGGAUUUGAAAAGCUUCCUGACUUUACUUUAGUUUCAGAAUAAUAAUAAUUACAGCAGUAAAUACUGUUCCGAUUUUAAUAAAUGACUGGUGAUUUUCUUAUGAA